AUGGCCGCGUCGGCCGCGUCGGCUGCGAGCCGGUUGGACAGUGCCAGCACGUGGCACAACUGGACGAUAUGGACAGCCCAACGACUACCUUUUCUGAACAUGACCCGCCUGGCUCCUUCGCUCGACGACCUCGUCUCGGCAGGGCCCCGGAUGGCCGUGAAGCUCGGCCGUCUCGUCGACGGCCUCGGCGGCUUCCAACAGCGCGUCAUUCCAGAGGCCACCGAGGCUGCCGGAAACAUGGUCUUCCAGGCCGUCUCUUCUCUGCAAACAACCGGCACGCUGGCGACUGAGGCUGCUGCUGGCUUUGCGAGUGCUGCUGCCGGCGCUGCUGCUGGUGCUGCUGCCGGUGUUGCUGCUGCUUCUUCUGCUGGCGUCGAUGCUGGUGCUGGUGCUGGUGCUGGUGCUGGUGCUGGUGCUGGUGCUGCUGGUGUUGCUGCCGAGACCGCCAGCGAGCAGCUUCUUUCCGGCACGCUCUCUGCUUCGGCUGCUCUCCUGUCCACCGAAAGCGCCCGAGGACUGGGCAGCCUGUUCAACUACGCCACGAGCAAAUGGGCCCUCUGCUGUGUCGCCACGGCCAUCAUCCUCAACCGAACCUACAUCUUUGCGGCAACACGUCGCCGUGUCCGCCUUCCCUUCACGAUCCGCUUCUUGCUGCGCAUCUUGCCCAUCCUGUCGUUCCUCAUGCAGGCACGCCGGCUCCUGCAGUCCAUCCAAUGCCAGACAUCGCCCGACUUUGCCCAGCUGCGGUGGGGAGAUCCAACCAAGCACUCGGACCUGCUGUUCGCCGAAAGCAGCCCGCUGCUGCACAGCCUGAGCUCGCACCUGCUCUUCGGAUCGUCCGACGAAGCGUCUUGCAUCGCCGCCCGCAUGAUGCCCAGCGAGCAGUACCCCAAAAUCGCCGACCUGCGCGGCUCUCUCCCGCUGCUCUGGCCGCUCUUCGUCUCCUUCUGUGUCAGCCACUUCAUCGAGACGCUUUCCUGUGCGGUUCAGGGACGCCCGGUAGCUGCCGAGACCGGCAUUACCCUGUUUGAGCACUCGCUCGCCUUUGCCGAGGCAGACGCCGCUAUGAGCAGCCAGGUUGGCUUGAGCUCGUUUGUCACAUCCUUCAUGGCCGCGGCCCAAUCGUCGCCCGUCGUUGUUCUCGCACAUGCUUCGGCCGCUGCGGCAGACGACACCACCGUCUCCAUCAGCCGGUCCGCGAUCCUCAGCAAAGUCAACACGCCGCCAGAAGUUCUGCUGCUGGCUUUCCUGUCGGCCAUGAGCCACGUGACGAGUCACAUCCUCGGGGUGCUCAACCUGCAGGCCAAAUUCCGCCUGUUCAGCACUGGCUUCUGGGCGCUCUGUUUCAUGAGCAGCAUCGUCUGGAGUGCCCUCACCUUCUCACUCGACGACCUUUCUGGCCAGAGCCUCCUGCGCUUCCCCACCGUGGCCAUUGUGGGAUUCAUUCCGCACUUGCUCGUUCUCAUCGGCAUCCUCAUCUGCUGCUUCAUAUACGGCUCGGCUCUGCUGCUUGCGGCCGUGUCGCAGGAGCCGGACGCCACAAAUGGCAACGGCAACGAGAAUCUAUCCUUCCGGGAGCGCCUUUCCCACGCGCACGCAAACAUGCAGGCCAACCAGCCGACAGUCAACCUCCGCAUCGGCGUGGAGAUGGACUUUUACACGGCACUGCUCCGCGUCGGCUUCGACGCCAUAAGCAUGGCAAGCGAGGCGGUGUAUCUGAACGAGGACCGCCGUGUCAACCUCCGGCUGCAGACCUGGCUAGAGGACGAGAGAUACAACGAGUUGCAGGAGCUGCGCAGUCGGUGGCUGGUCUCCGACCUUCCGGGGUCGCGGUACGAUGUCAUGGGCGCAACGGGUCUCGUUCCCGCCACCGGUGUGAACCCGACGUCUUUUGUGACGAGCGGGUUUGCUCGCGAGCGGACUGCCCGGAAAGCGGUGUCUGGGAAGGCGAACGAGCGAGUGCGACCGAUCCGGACUGGAAUUGGCGCCUCGGAGCGCAGCGGGCGUUGGGUGAUGGCGGUGGAGUAUCUGAUCCACGUCGGCAGGCUUGUACUCUCGUUGUCGGCGGUGUACCUGUGUCGGUGCCUGGGCUGGAUCGGUAUCCGGAGCCAGCCUCGCUGGCUGCGCCGAUUCGUACAGCGACGAAAGGGCGGGCGUGGCGCCGAGGGAGGGCCAGAAGGCAGCGUGGACGGCUCAGAGGAGGACGAGCUGGUCAAGGAGUGGCUGGACAACAGCAAGAUUGAGAGCGUGCGGAUCCACCGGAGCAGCCAGGUGGACGUGGAGCACGAGGUGCGGCAGCGGGUUACCGGCGGCAUGGCGGACAUUUCGGGCUCGACGCGGCGAGAAGAGCGCGAGAUCGACAGCCGGCUGUACCAGUGGUGGCUCAAGGGCGGCUGGUGGGGAGAGACGGAUGCGAGCGGCGACUACGAACCCAGCAUUGCUGCAGACGAAGACGCCAGCAGCGUGAUCUCUGCGUUUGAGGAAAUCGAGGGCGAAUCUGGAUGGGAGUCAGCCGGCGACGACGACGACGACUACUACGGCGGCCUUGGACAGCGAACACCGACGCAGCAAUCACCGAUGGCAUCCGGCGAGAAUACACCGGCCGGAGACCUGCAGAUGGAGAUGCCGGAGCUGGCGAGGCUGCUGGACCCGCGCAGCCCGGAAGAACGGGCAGAGGCCCAGGCGCUUGCGGCACAUCUGAAGAGUGACGGGAUCAUGACGCGGUCUGCGUUUGCACAGUUCCGACAUCGCCAACGAGCUGAGCUGCUGGCGACAUCACGGUUCAGCGGAGCGGCUCAACGGCUGGCAGCCUUUCGGCCGGGCGUGCGGCUUUCGCCUGAAGAGGAGGCACAGCUGCUGGAAGAACUGCUGAUCUCGCGACGAGCAGCAGCCCGAGAGGACGACGAUUUUGGAGCUGACAACACAUCGGCCUCGUGGGCCACCGGAGCUGCCGGCCUGGGCCCCGAUGGGCCGCAGUGUGUGGUGUGCCAGAGUGCUCCUCGGACGAUCAUUGUGUGGCCGUGCCGCUGCCUCAGUCUCUGCGAUGAUUGCCGUGUAUCCCUGGCCAUGAACAACUUUGACAAGUGUGUCUGCUGUCGGAGAGAAGUGCUCAGCUUUAGCCGCAUCUAUGUGCCCUAA